UCUUUUGAAUCGUUAGAUCUAUCUCUAUCAUCGCAAUUCUUUUUUUCAAAACGUUUUUGACCAAACCAUCAAUUUCUCCCAUUUUUGACACCUCUCCCUCCAAAUCCAAUCAGUCGACUGUCCACACAAAACACAAAGCAAGUUGUUGCCGUCUCAAAACCUCACUGUUACGCUUCCUACCGGUACUAGCUAGAUCUACCGUAGCUUGCUUGCUAGCUAGCUAGACUCACACCGUUGCUUUGAUUGUCUGACAGUGUCAUCCAUCACGAAGAAGAAGGAGAGACAGUAGUACUGUAGCGGUGUCAUUUGCCGGAGUAGUCAGUCGGUGCAGAGGAGUUAGUAGAUUGAAUUCCGUCGCCAUUGGCGUGUAUCGUUAGUGAAAAGGAUCGGAUCUUGCCGUGCCGUGAUUGAUCAAGGAGUUGUGUCUUUGCUGCGCUUGAGACAAUGGCUGGAAAGAAGAGAGCUCGAAAGCCCGCAGCGGCCAAAGGCAAGAGCAGUCAAGCCGCUGCCAAAUCGAAACAAGGCGAUCCAUCAGCAGCAGCAGAAGACGCAACUACGACUACGGAUUCCGAGUUGCCGUCGUCUCCGCUCCAAAUUUUGCUGGAAGAAUUGCGUCGCUUGGCAUUGGAUCCACAGACCUGUCAGAAAUGCCUGCAGGCAUUGGCCGAGGGAACCUCACCCGUCCUCAACCUUACCACGGCGGGAGCGGCCAUUGUGACGACCAGCAGUGCGGCGGCUGCCAGUGCGAGUACAAACGAAACAGCCGCCUCAACGACUACAGCUACAGCCACUAGCACAGCAUCUGCCACGACGACCACAGCUACAGCAGCGACUGGAAAAAAGAAAAAGCGCGCUCGAUCCACCACACCCACGGCUGCCAACAACAAAGAUGCCGACUCGGCCAAUGCUACUACUACCACCACCACAACAACAACAACACCCGACAAGGUUGCCAAGGCGGGAUAUUGGAUCUUUCUCGCCACGCACAUGUUGAAUCGAUUAAUGGCCCAGCUACAAUCGGCCGACGAUACCGUCCAAUUGGCACAAUUGCUAUCGCUGUUGUCGUAUCUAUUGGCCCGCAUUGUGUUGCCCGCGCCAAAACUGUUGGAAAAAGCAUGUGCGAAUCGAGCACGCAAUUUGCUGGGACGGGCCAUUCUCAGUAUCACCGUGGCGGCGACUGCUUCGUUAGAACAAAUGGCAUGUCAGGAUGGAUUGGAUGAUGCCGAUAGCAUGUCAUCGUUGUCAUUGGCGUGUUGGAUACCGGCUUCGUUGGCAUUGGAUAUUGUCAUUCGAUUUUCGAGAGUCUGCCCGAAAGCAUAUGCGUCGUCGUUGGCGACCGCCGUGGCGUCGUCUCCGACGGCAGCGGCAUUGUCACCGCUGGCGCAAUCGUCCGAAUCGAAAGCGCUGACGUUUUGGAAUCAAACACAAUCGCAGUUGGAAGCACAUGCACUCAAUAUUUGGACCGUCUUUCAGACGGAUCUUAUUGAUAUUUGUCAGGAGGUCUCGCGGGAUAUCAAGGAUAUUGCCAAAUGGGAAGAACCCUGCUUGAUGGCACUCUUGGGGAUGAAUCUACCACCACCACAGACAGCUUCUUCUUCCACAAAUACAAAUAGUCCUGCUCCCGUGAAACGCAGCAACAGUCGGCGCAAAUCCAGUCGAGCUAGUCCCGCGGCCGCCGAAACGACGACUGCCGAAACUGCCACAUCGACGACAAUUGUAGUGGUGUCGCCCUUGAUUCGCAGCUUUCAGGCGCUGUUGGUCGUGGAAGAUGACAAACCUGACACGCCAAAAUCACCCAAUGCCGCUGUGAAUUCCACCAAAAUUGAUGGUCGCAUUGCCGCCAAACGGUGGUCUUCCAUGGCACUGGCGUGGUGUAUACAAGGACAGAAACGGGUAUUGGAAUCAUUGAUCGCCAUGUUGCGACGACGGUUGGAAUGGCAUGCCAACAUGACGGCAUUUGCCAAUGAAGUCAAGGAUGAUGACGAUGACAAUAACAAAAGUAUGCAAGUGCCCUCGAAUGUCACGUUCUUGGCAUUGGCCAGUCGCCUCGUGGGCAUUGUAUCGGAAUCUCAUGGACACAGUGGCACACGAGCUCCGUCGGGAGGAUUGGAAGCGUAUACAAAGAAUAUUGUUCCCACCACGUUGUCCGCGGCUACCGAGACACCGACUACGGGCAAAAAAGCAUCCGGCAAGAAAGCAUCCAAACCAGUCUUGCCGGAUCUACGAAAUGUGGCCACGGUCGUACUCUACAAUCUACUCCAGGCGCACGAAGAUUGUUUGCAAGUGAAUCAUCAUCAGAAUCAUGCAUUAUUGCUCGUCAAUGACGACGAGGAAGUGCCAUCCGACGACGCUUCGGACGAACUCCCACGACCACCUCCGCCCAAAAAGGGCGCCAAAAAAGCUGACAACGAACAGGAGGAGGAAGUACUUGGUUUUAUCCCUGUCAUGCGACAUGUGAUUGAAGGUCUUUGUCGAGCUGCAGCUGGGACGGCUACUCCUGUGGCGGGAAGCACAGCGGCAUCGGCGUUGGCAGAACAGGCUCAGUGCAUGGAGCGAAUGCAGAAAAUCGCAGCAGCCUUUGUGUUGCAGACUAUUCGUGAUGAUGCCAUGUCGGCGACGGCCGUGGAUGGGACUCCGGAUGCACUCGAUGAACCCGUGCAGCGCAAAAAAAGACCCAUGGACGUCCCUUUGAUCCAAUACGCUCUGUCCCAGUUUGUGGAAUCUCUGGAUAAACACAACAACAAUAACAGCAAUAGGACGGAAGAAGGAGCCAACAGCAACAAAUCGGCUGAAUCCAUUAAACAAUUGUCGGAGCCAAUCCCAGUACCGCAAAUGCCCUCUGCGCCGUCCGCUGUUGCUCCAGCUCGCAGACGAAGCAGCAAGGCAGGUGGUGACUCAUCCCCUGCGUCGCCACCGGCGUGCACGUUUGCUGGUGUUUUGGCUUCCAACAAAGAGGAAGAUUCGUUGGUGCUCGUGCUUCGAGCGGUUGUGGCACCGGUCGCAGGUGGAAAGGGCAAGCGAGCGGAACAGAGGCGCAAACAAACCAAACGUGGAGGUCGAGCCCCCAAGGAUGAACCGCAGCAGGAAGCUCCAAUCAGCAACUUGUAUACCAUGUUGCUGGGGAUUGUGGAGCGCUGUUACGGAAGCGAAACUCUGGCUGAAGUCUCUUCUGCCGCUUCCCCAGAGAAGAGUGGAGGACAGCAGAAGAAACGAGCCAACUCGAGCGGAAAAGGGCCAGCCCGAAAGAAGCGCAAAAAUAGUGAUGGCUCAGCGGAGGAGACUGUCAAUGACGAAGAGGACAUCGAUACGAAUAAGAGACGACCAUUGAAUGCUCAACGAGCCGCGUUAGCGGAAGAAGUCAAUAAUCUGCUGGCAAAAUGCAUAACUGUCGCCAUCACGAGCGAUGAAGACGCUCGCUCUUUGCGACAGUUCGUGAAGAUUGGAAUGACGAAGGAUCACAUUCUGCACAUCAUCGAGCUUACUCAAGCACUGGACAAUCAUGUCAUGAUCCCUAGGACUGCUUAUUCUUUGAAUGAACAGAUGAUGGACCCAAAUACCGUGAUCGAGCCGCCAGCGAGUAGCCUGGAACCUGCUGUCUACGAAGCGCCAAACUUUGCAUCCUAUGAAACAAAUGUAUGGAUGUCACAAUUGAAGCUCUGCAAAGCAAUCGGACGGACUCAGGACGACUCGGGUGAAGAACAAUUGAUUACUUUCUCGAACAGGGUAGACGUAUACAGAAAAAUUGUGGCAGUCAGCAAGGGAACGAACGAUGAUGAGGAUUGGCCGCUGUGGAUCUCGCCUGCGUUUCGAGCAAUAAUAUCAUUUGAAAUUUCGGAGCCCAAACUGAUCUCUUACGAUUCGCCAUCAGAUCGCUUCAUUGCGUUUGGUUGUAUGAAGUCAAUAUUCAAGGCGAUGGAUGACUUGGAAUCUUACUGCAACGGCCGCGGAGGCUACACUGGGAAUGAUAGAUCCAUCGUCGACUACGAAAUACCUUUGGGUCUUCAAGACACCCGGAUAUUCCUUGUUGCGGCCGGUCGCCUUCCUCCCACUGCAAAGAACCAGCUCUUGUCGCAGCUUCUUGAAUCUGUUCGAAAACGCAUCAAAAAGAUUGCAGAGAAAGAACUGGAGGAGGUUUGCGAGAGUAACGAAGUGGCCGGUUUCAUUGCCCGGGUUGUCACUAUCUGCUCUUACCUCACAAUCUUGGUGGCGUACCCUGAGCUCCACCCCCGACUCAGCGACAUUGUCCGGCACAACAACCAAUAUUCGGAAGUUCUCAACUUUGCUAGCGAGGGCGAUUGGUACCGAAGCGAACGAAGUUUCAUGGGAGUUUUCUCAGACUGGGAGUCGCCACGGGUACCUCUUACCGAAGUGAGUGAAGGAAAGGGCGUGAGUGCUUCGGCUGCAAAGGAUAUGAAGGACAUUUUGGAGCAGUGCUUUGAGUUGGGAUUCAAAACUGCCAGAGUUGACCGUGGACAACUUAUCUUCGCUGCCUGGAAUGCCAUGGGCAACAUGCCUCUUUGGGAUACUCAACAACGAGGCGACAGAUCCAAGAGCAGUACCUUGGAAAGCGCGCUCGCUUCAUUUGACGCUAUGACUAAGGACAAGAUGAACACUGAGAUGCCGAAGAUCAUUUCCAGGAUCCGAGAAGAUAUGUGUCGGCUCUACAUGGACAUGCAUGUGUACAACGGGUAUUCGGGUAUUCUUCCUCUGCCAUUGAAGCUCAUACAAGCGAAGGAUAGAAGCGCGACAACCUCGGCCCAGCUGAAGAAGGGCUUGAAGUCCUUCGUCACAUCGGGUGAAACACUUCUUGCUUCCUUGCUCAAGAUUGACGAGACAUCCCCUGCCCUCUUUGCCUCCCUCGAAGCGGCCGCUGUCUACAUUACUUUCGCAGUUGCAUCACAUACCAAGCCAGGGAGCGACAUUUUCUCCUCGUCAGCUUUGUGCCCGAGUAGGAGAAAGAGACCGCGUGGCUACUCUUCGGACAGUGAAAGGGAUCCUAUAGACUUGGAUUCUGUGGAUUCGGAUGACGAAGAAAACGAUCCCGGAGCAAGGUUGCGUGAAAAGCUUCGAACUGCUUGUUCUAAUUUUGGAGCAGCACCAACCCAUCCAGACUGGCUCGACGAGAAAUGCCGACUUCAGUUUGGGGUGGGAACCAGCGAGGCCCUGGAAAAUGCUCAAUCGGCAGUCAAGGCGCUUUCAGGCCUCCUUGCGUCUGCGUUGAGCCGCCAAAAGCUUGCACUGCAAGAAGCUGUAGACGCACUUCGCAAGAAACAGAAAACAAUGUUUGACAAAGACCAAGCACUGUUGGCAAGGAAGAUCGUGGUUCUCUUGACUCGCUUUGAAAUAAUUUCUCAAUACCCAGGUUCCUACUUGAGCUCCCAAAAUGUCGUUGAUUUCGAGCAGAGACGGGAUGUCAUUGCUUCGCUUUGCGAUUUCGGCGUCGAUUCGGCUGAUCCCUUCAGUUCCGUGGGUGCAUCAGAGAACUUUGACGAAGCGAAGUCAGCGUGGUGCCCCAAUGCAGCCCAGAGGAUUCCGGGGAGAUUUCAAGAAACAAACGACGACAACCAAGACAGUUGGAUAAGUGGAACAGUGGAUACGUCCAUCAUGACCUCGGAGCUUCGUGUGAAUAGGCAGUGGGAGGUUCUUCUUGGAACAACAUUGGUUUCAUCGUGUCGAGACAACGCAUCGGAAGAUUCUGGACCGGAGGAAAUUCACAAGAUGAUCUUGGAUGCAGAGAAUUGGCUUGGAAUUUGUGAGACCGCGAUCAGUUGCCUCAUGCCUGCAACUGCUUUGUUGAGGUUUGGCAUGGCGAGAGGGGGGAGAAAGACCCACCCCUUGGCCAAGGAGGACGCGACAAUUGAUCAACGAGGGAUAUUUUCUCAUUUCGAUAUUGUUGAGCGACAACCCAUGAACACAACCGCAUCAAAGUCCCUCCGUGACUUGCUUUCGGAGACCCUAGCCUUAUUGGCGCGAUUCACUGCUCAGUGUUCUGGUGACAUGGCAGUCAGUCUCUCAUGUCACGCUGUUGCUUCGAACUUGCUGGUAGACGCUCGAUCUUUCGAGCAUGUGCGAGGAUUCGAAGUGCUCCGAUUUGCCAUCACGAUUGUAACCGAAAUGCAAGAAGCCAACUGGGACAUUACUGAGAAAGGAAACGAAGAUUUCGCCAUGUCCUCCGCAUUCUUUCUGGAGCGUCUUGCUUCUGUAAUCGAAUUUUGGAGCAACGAAGAGGGACCAGUGGAUGGACAGCAGUCUCGUGACAGCAGCCGCCUCUUGGCCUUCCUGUGCAAUCCGAAGCGCUACAAGGUGGAUACACUUGCCGAAAGUGGAGUUGAAGUUUCAUCGAUGUUGUCGCUACUGGAUAAGAAAGGGUAUGACAAGGACACAAUGUCCCCACACGAGACGAAGUGGAGAUGGCACGACAAAUUUCACGAGCGCCCAAUCGAGAACUUGGUUUCUAUCGUGGUCACUGGGAAAGCUCAUGCUGAUAUUCAGACAAGAACAUGCUUGGCAAUGAUAGUAUCGCGCCUCGCCUUCCUCGAAUACGAAAAGCUGCGCGCUGGGACUCAGUGCGAUUUUCCCAUUGUCAAAUCACUUGUGAAAGUGUUCAACUCUCUCCCCGAAUCUGAUCUUACCAAACUUUUGUCUACGCUCGUUGAGGUGGACAAUGACUCCAAAGACGGAUCCUUUCAACAGGAAAUCUGCACCCUUUUGGCAUAUUUGCUGUGUGCUCAGUCGAGUCGACAGGUCCAGUUCUCAAGGGUUGGACUUGUCUUUGACACUCUGUUGUCAGCAUCUGGGAAAUGGCUGUCCCUCAACUCGAAAGCACGUGACAGCCUUCUGGAGGUCCUCCUUCUGUUUGGAAGCUGCAACAAUAGUCUACCAAGAAUCGGAUCACUCCUUCUGGAUGAUGUACCAAUGGACACUGGGGAGGGCGACGGCGACGGGAAAGCCAUGGACAAUCUCGAGUCCGUCACCAAAUUCUUUCGGUAUCUGCAGGAAAUGCAGUCAGCCCUCACUCGGAAAGGAAAAGGUCAGGACUCCCCCACUUCUGCAGCAUCUGCAACGGGCUCGGAGACCCUGGCAACCUCAAUAAGCGCGCCGAAAAGUGACGCGAAAGGAUUGAAGCCCCCUCCGCAAUCUUGUUCCUAUGCGCUCAAAAGUGGUUUUCAUGGGCAGCACUGGUACAACUGCUACACUUGUGGGCUUACUUGGGAUAAGGGGUGCUGUUCGCUGUGCGCAUUGACCUGUCAUGAUGGCCACGAUGUUAGCUACUCCAGGUACUCUUCCUUCUUUUGCGACUGUGGGGCCGAAGAUGGCGGAGACAGCGAUAUUUCCAGAGUAUCUUGCAAGUGCCUCUCCACCCUCCCGAGAAGCCGCGUGCAGAAGCUGUUCGAGACGGAAGGGUGGCCAAUUGAACCAAUGCAAGCGGUCGGGGCGGCCAAAGUUGACAACAAAGACGUGUCAAGCCAAUCCAGCGAUAUCGACACUGAAAAGUUCUACAUUGAGCUAACACGGGUAUCCUUUCCAAAGAAGGCUCAAGAAUCUGUCAACAAGUUGAUGAUGGAAGCGAAGAAGAAUGGAUGGCUAGAAAGAUUGUUUGAGCUUCUGCGGCAGAGAUUCAGUGCAUGGAGCUCCAGCUCAGGCAACACUGCAUCUCUUGAAGAGGCAUUAGUCGAAGAAUAUGAGCCCAUUGAAUGCGAGAGAUACGAGUUUCUUCGCCAGUCGCUUCAACGGCGCAUUGGGAAAGUCCUGGCCAUCACAGCGUUGGCUGAAAAGAGCAUUAUUCCUAUCAGAGCAGCAAAGUCCAACUCAUUCCAAGUCAAGUUCACUGGGAGCACUAGUGAGCGGCUGAAAAGGUCCAAAAACGAGAUCAGCAGAGCUGCUGUCGUGGCAGAUUGCCGUGGCCGUCUUGUCAUCGCCGAACCAUGUUCAUUGCUGUUUUGCAGUGCAGCCUCAGCUGUGAACGUCCGUCAUCUAACAGAAUCGUCGGACCUCCUGCUCUCAAGGUCCUCUAUGUGCAUUCUCGGCUCGACCGCAACAAAGUUCAAUAUUGUUGGAAUGAUGCUCUGCCCUGAAAACGAUCGCCAUUUGAUGGUUUGGGGAACUUCCGAAGCCUGUGUUGCCUUGCUCAAGGAUUCGCACAAUGGAGUCGCACGCCAGAUUUCUCUUUCCCUUGACCUGGACCCAACAGAAUGCGAGACAGAUUACAUUGUCAAGUGUGCGUGGGUGCCGGGCUCGCAAUCUUGUGUAGCCAUUGGUUGCGGUCGGUUUGUGUCUAUAUUUGAUAUUUCCCGAGCCGACAAGGACAAUCGCGCUCUUCCAGUCAUAAGCUUUGGACUCGGCUUUGAUGCAAAUCUUCGGGACAUGGCGGUAACACCAGCAUACUCCCUGAAUUUGUCGAUGCCACUGGGGUCGAGGUCGAACAUUGGCGCAAGACCAGCAUCAGCUGCGAGCCUCUUCAUCAUGCUGGAGAGUGGGAAGCUCUACAGUGUGGAUUUGGAGUACGACAACGAUGGAAAGCUCUCUGCUCGUGGGGACCAUCAGUUUGAAUCAAGUGAUUCUACUGCCCUUCCCAUUGCUGGAGCACGAGCCUACCAGUCAGCUGCAAUUGGACUGCCGGGAUCGCAUUCUCAGAGCUUGGGAGACGGGUCUAGUAUCGCAUACCUGGCCCAAUCUCACUUGCUACUCUACAAGUGCACUUCCUCUUGUGUUCUGGCGCUGACCCUUGGAAUGUCUGGGAAAAUCAAUGGUAGCUUUGAAUUGUUGCCCCACACCAUUUCCGCAGAAACACUGGGUACGGGGCCAAAUGGAUACAGCAUCGGUGGCCCAUACACUCAUUGGACUGAGCUGGGGCAAGCACAGUACGAAGAUGGCAGCCAGUACUUUCGUGUAGCAUGUGUGGGGCGCUCGUGGAGAACAAACCAACCAAAGCUCCUGUGUGUUGAAUUCAAUGAAGUGGAUGUGAAGGUUCGAGAAGUUGCGUGGGAUUCCGACUCUAUUGGACUUGGACUAAGUCUGUACUCGUCAUUCGAGGGGCUUUGUGCUUUCUCGAUGCCUUACCGUGUCGAAGAUGCAGCCAAUCCAGACGCUGAGGAUGGCUCCCGCUUUGCAGAAAGAGCUUUUCUGUGUGCCGUGACAUCGAACGGCUGCAUGCUUUUGUAUGGGGAGGAGGUUGGCAUGUCAUUGUCAAACACUGACGGAAAGGAUGAAAAGCCAGCCAAAGAAAGCCCCCCAAAGGGCAAAGACGGCAUCAUGCCGUUUGUGCGCGAUCGGUCGAUUCUGUCAACCCACCCAAUCACAAUAUUCGAACGGCUCAAAAAUCUUUCGGAAGAUGGUGAUGAGAUCGUGUACGGAGGAGAUGGUCUAGGGAGUGACUCCAAGGAACUGAAGAGGAAGCUUUCGAGAGACAACAGUGUGUUUUUGAUGAGUCCACGAAGGGAAGGAUUCACACUAACGGUUACAUUCAAAACCGCCGAGAACUCGGAGUCGUCGUCGUCAUCCGAGCAGUCUAAAGCUACCAAGCAGAACGAUCUGGCCUUUGCGGCUGUAAGGUUCCAAGUUGGGUCCACGUCCUCUGAUUGCAUUCCCAAGAAAGUGUUCGUCCAAGGGAGACCAGUUGAAGUCCAGUCGGCCAUGAAAAAGUGGUACUCGGUUUCUUUGUCUGACGAAGAGGUGGCACUGACCGCUCGAACUGGAGUCCUUGCCAUUGGAAUCUCGCAAGCCCACGAUGCAGGUAGCAGCCCUCUCAUCGAUGCACUCGAAGUCUACGCAUAUGACAAGCGCGAAAUCGAGAUGUGGUUGCCGAAGGUCUUGGCCACUGAUGCAACCAAAGCUUCCACAGUCGACAACAGCGAAACUGAUGAUAGCGUAGUGGCCAAAGCAAUGGUUUUGGCAUCACAUGCGAUCGAGUCGCAUUGCGCUCUUCUUGGUCAGGCGCCAUCAUUGCCAGCCACAGAAAGCGAUCUUCUGAAGCGAAUUGUUCAGCAAACCGCGGUUAACCGCAACAAACCAAUUCGCGAAUCUGUGGAUAAAUUGCUUUCAAGGCUCUAUCCUAGCCCACAGGCAAGAAACUCUGUCAAGGACGAGGGAGCACUGCAAGGUUGUUCCUUGUUACUCAGCCGCUGCCAGGUGCUGCUCGAGGCUACAAAGGCAGCUGAUGGAAGUGGUUCACAGUCUUCCAUCGGUUUCGAUAAUGUCUGGUUCACAAUCAGAGCUCUAUUGCGGAGCUGCCUACGCACAUCGUCGCUAAUCGCACGAUGCCGACCCAUCAACUAUUUGAGGGCGUCAGAUUUGAUAGCAGAGAACAAGAUCUCUUCUGGGUCGAUUGCAGUGGACUCCAGCAAACUCAUCUGCGAAGGAAUCACUAGAGGGCUGCCAUGCGAGGAUCUUUGCGAACUCUUUGUCGAGUUGUCUCUGGCAGAAAGUGCAAUUGCGGACAGUACCGCGACAGAUCAAGGAAAGAACCUUGCCAGCUUCAUCAUUGUACAAAAACUAAUGGAGUCGGAUAACUUGGCUGUAGUGGAGAGGUCCUGCCACGCGAUAUCUUCCUUUUGUCGGAUGUAUGGGUCUUCAGACCAGCCGCGUGGGGAUCCUUCAAGCAACUUGUUUGCAGCUCUUCGCACUGCCAGACUGGUUUGCUAUCAGUGCGAUAACUGUGAAACAGUCCCGAUCAAGAGUGUUCGCUACACACUGCUCGAGGACGAUCACGAUGUUGACCUCUGUAAGGAUUGCUAUCGGUUGGGAUGCGAGUAUGCGGAUUCCAAAAACGACAGUGCCGAUGAAAAGGUGGUAAUCAAUGGAAAGGUGAUCAACAUCACUUGCGCCUUGAUCAAGGCAAUGCAGCCAGUUCCGAUCGUCAAGGCAGAUGUAACCGAAGUAAUGGAUGUUCAAUCUGGUUCUGGGAGUACCGCUCAAUUCGACGACGCUGCAGAUGAAAACGAGGAGCUUCAAAGAGCUCUCCGUCUCAGUCUUGGCAAUGCCGCAGAUGACGAUACAGUGCAGGUUAGCCAUAAGGCGGAUCAGUCACUGGAAGGUUUUGUCGACAGCAUCUUCUCGAGUGUGUUGGGUCUUUUUACGAAUGCCUUGGUUGCCAGCAAGGGAGAAACAAGUCUUGCAUUAAUUCUCAGUCUUUUGGUAGAUCUUGUCCACCAUUCCAACGAACAAGGAGGAAAGUUGACACGGGCCAAGAAGUUAGCAGGGGAGGUUUUGAAAGGAGUGUCGCGCUUUGUUGCGCUGGACAGAAAAGAGUUUCAACGCACAGGAAGGCCAACUUUGAUUCUGUGCUUGAGGGCCCUGGCGUAUCUCCUUGUCCCUGAAAUCAUCGAUGGCGACUCCCAACCAAGUUCUCCACAAGCUGCUACCAGCAGUGAUGCCGGCAAGGCAGGUCAGUCAAAGACAAAAUCUGAAUCCAAACAAGUCGUCUGCGAUGUGCACGGUAUUCCAGCUGCGAGGAGACGGUGUGCACGUGGGGAGCACAAAGAUCGCCGCUUCUAUGUCUGUGGUUUGGAACGGCCCUUGAGAUGUAAAUUUUUCAUGUGGGUAGACCAAGUUGGGGAAAAACCCGCGGCGAAACCAAAGAGGGCAAAAUCAAAGUAUGAACAAGAACUGGUGGACACGCUUUGGCGGCUUUUCAGUUCGACCAGUACAUCCUCGAGCAUGCUGCAUCUGGAGCUUUGUACUCUCCUGGAGAACAUCCUUGACAACUGGAAAUCAAGUUCUGGUAGCAUGGACCAAGGUGGAGCAGAUGGAAAGGACGAGUUUCUCAAGAUUAUCUCAAGAUAUGAUAGGAAGAAGGCUCAGUCGGAUUUGUUAAACGGUGUAUUCUGCAGCCGUGAAAAGUUACAUGAUUUUUCAGCCGACGCGGUAUUGCAGGCGACUGCAGAUGACGCUUCAAAUCCGAGCAUUACGUCUAUUGCCACUUCUUUCCGCUUGGAUGGUGAUAUGGAAAUGAUCGAGGCUUCUUUGGAGCUUCUUGCGUUGAUUGCCAACCACGAGACGGAAGGCAUCUCUCGAUGGUUCUGCAUCUUGUGUGAGAUUAUUGGGUCACCGAACAAGUCGUCCAAAAUUACCUCUUUGGCAAAGCGUGUUCUCAAGCAGCUCUGCGGCGGCAAGAAGGACCUCUACCAUUCUGUACGAGAUCACUACGUCUUUGGCUUCCAGAUCAAGAUGCUUCUACAGAAAACUCAGACUGUGCUGAAAACGUGUCUGCUAGUAAGGGAAAAGGCCAGGCAGAGCGGCCCCAAUUGGAAGCAUGGAUCAGUAGUUGGCUGGGAUCAGCUGAAAGCCGGGGGCUUGAUUGGAACCGAGUUACUUGUGUCUGAAGAUUUCACAAAUUUGAACACGGAUAUCACAACUGGUGAAAUCCUCGAUGAUCUGUGGAACGUGGCCAAAAGCCGUGUUGAAAAUUGGCGGCGCUUUUGUGGUCUGGACGCACUCCCGGAUAAGUCAACGGCCAUUGGAACUGAUGAUGGUAUCCUCGGUACUUUCGUGGCCCCUGCUCCUAUCAUUUCUCUUCUUUGGAUCGCCUGUGGAGUCGGUCCAAGCCAGCUGAAGGUCCUGAAACUCAUUGAUUUGGCUCUUUCAGGCGGUAAUGGCAAAGACAUAAAGAAGGCUCUCUUGAAGCCCACGGGAACUACAAGUAGUUCGGAAGAGGAAGUACCGGCCGAUCCUUCAUCCAAGGCAACUGCUGGAUGGCUGAAGGGUGAAACGAGAUCGCCCGAAGAGAUGAUUUUGGAUAGCGAUCGAAGCUGGGAUGCUGGUGAUGUAUACGGUUUUCUGAUGCAAUUUGCGUACAAAGGUCGGACUGCGGAAGUUCGCAAGGUCGCUUGUUCAAUUGGAACCAAGCUUUUGAAGAAAAUGAAUCCCGCCGAUGUGUCCGCGUUGCUGGGGCAGCUCCUUGGCGAUCCCUUAGGCGACGCUGGAAUGCUCGGCAAGAGCAGCGUUGAGAUGCUGAACGUCAUUCAAUCCCAGCUCCGUGUCGGCGCAAAGCUCACUAUUGACGUAAAACAUUCAGCGGAAGUCGUUUUGCAUCAUUUUAAGCAACAAUUCAUGGCAAUCAAACACGACAGAGCCAACGGGGAAUACGUGUGCAUUGAGUCUAGCUCUGGCACAUCCAAGAAACGGUUUGAUCUUGCAAAGUGUACCCAUUGUCAUUGGACCAAUACGUCACAUCAUUCGAAGGAUUCUUCCUCCUCUCGCAGCACACCUAGUCGGACAUCACGUUCGUCGAGCUCUUCUGGGAACGAGAAUUCGAACAGCGCAACAUCAUCAUCAAGCAGCGCGAAACGCGAGUGGCUCCCAGAACAAGUUAGCCCGUUUUCCCGAGGUCGGCUUGACUCCAGCAAAGAAACAACAACCAACGAUGCCUUUUGCUCUUACCGUCAGUUGAAGUAUCGCUUGGCUCUGUCAGAGAUCUACGUCAACGUCAGCGAUCCCCGCGGGCGGUUUGUGAAGACGAUCACUGUACACUUCACUCCUCGUCCGGUGGAUGAUGUUCAAGUCUUGAAAUCUGAUGAGUAUUCGUCUAAAUGGCAACGCUGUGCCACGCUCAAUUUGACCCGUGGUGCCAGCCGUGCAACUUGCAGCCUUGCCAUCCCUGUGGUUGCAGCCAACUUGAAAAUUGAAUUCACUGAUUUCUACGAACGUCCAGGUGGUUCCAAAGCAGCAGACGGCAGCUUCCUCGUCCAUUGUCCUCGUUGCACCCGCGUUGUGAACAAUGCACAUGGGGUCUGUGGCAAUUGCGGGGAAGUCGCCUUUCAAUGUCGAAAAUGCAGGCACAUCAAUUACGACCAGCUGCAGUCAUUCCUGUGCGUUGAAUGCGGGUUUUGUUCGGCUGGAAGUUUCUCAUUUGACCUUGUGGCUGGGGUUGCCUCGAACGCUGUGGCCAUUACCAAUGACGACAAUUAUGAAAAGUCUCUGAGGAUGUACAACACGGCCACCCGUCUUCAUGAAGAUCUACGAGAAGCAUUGAGAGAAAAACUUCGUGUUGUGGUUCAGCUGAAGAAGUCGUCCAAGGAAUCACUUGACCCUACAACCGGUAGUCCCAGAAACCAAAACUCAUUCUUGCUCAGUCCUGGCUUGAGGCGAGCGUUCCAAGGCCAAGAGCCAGCAUUGCAGUCUGUCUCGGCAACUGCCGGGCUUGGAACCGAAAUCCUUCUGGAUCGUGCUGGAAAGAAGGGAUGGGCUGUAAAAAUGACUGCCAUGCCCAGCUCCUUGGCAAUCAGCCUGCCGUUGGCACCUACAGCAGCAGGGAGCGCCGACAGAACUCGUUCGCUGCUUCGAUUGGCUCGCCAGAUGAGGACCGACAGUGGCACUGCCGCAGAAAGACGACGUUCGGGUGAUGUUAUUAUCAGGCAGCUGGGGCGUGGGGCCUCUGCCCUUGAAGGAGUCGACGAAGAGAGUGAUCUGCUCAGUCUCCUUGAGAAUCCUGGUGGCGCCUUGAGUGGAAUUAGCAGCAUUGCAGGGGGCGGGGCUGCCGCCGCAGCCAGCCUGUUGGACUCGUCUGACCCUCUCUCCAGAUUGCUCGCGAGUUUUCAAACAACCAGAACGAGUGCAAUCACGAGCACCAGUGCUAGUCGGGCUCGAGCCAGCAGCAGUAGUGGGCGGGCUCAAGCUUCUGCAUCUGGCAGUGCGCCUGGAGUGACCAGAGCCACACGAAGAUCUGGAGCUUCUGGUACCGCCGCUUCUUCCUCCGCCACUGCAACUGCCUCUGGCUCUAGCAGCAGCCGUAAAGAACAAAAAGAUACGGUGAAAGAAGCUUUGGAGGAAUGCGAGAAAUUGCAUGCUCUGAUGCGAGAGGCCGAACGGGAAGCCUUUGAACUUCACAGACGCGUCGAGGCAUGGAAGCGGCUCGAACGAGAUGAAGUGGCAGAUCGAGGCGGAGUGAUCUCUGCGACGGAAGGUGGCGAGGUCGAAGCGCAUGCCCCCAGAUUGACUCGGGCGUUCUGUCCGUCACAUUGUUCUGUGUGCAGCAGCCCUGUGGCGGUGCAACUGUUGGUGAUUUGGCUUCGCCUUUUCCAAGCAGACCCGUCCAAAGUUGUCGUAACACAAGAGUAUAUUGAACUCUUGUUGGAGGAAAACAUUCAUUUGAGCAAGGGCUUGAUGGACUUGAAACGUUCCGUCUUGAGGGAGAUUGCUGUGAAAGCUCCAGCGUCCACAUCUCGUUUGGUGCUGGACGAGUUAUCGAGACGCCUGCGAAACGCACGGGAUGUCACCAGUGCAGAGAUUUUGGGCAAAAUCAUUUCGGAAGAAAGCGGCGGUCCGAAUGGCGAGUUUGCGUUGGCCCAAGAAUAUGUUGACCUGGCUCUUAACGUCUUGAAGCACGAGACUAUUUACUAAUAAUACAUAUUAGAAGAGCCAUUAGAAGUCUGUUGGCUACCGGUACCGUAGCUGGUAUCUAGCUAGGAACCAAUGAGCAGUACGGCACCGUACUUACCCCGACACUUUUUCUUCUCCUUUGCCGCCUGCUGAUGUUUCUUGAGCGAUUGGAACUGCUCGCUACCGAUACCGAUACAACACCCCACUGACACCAAGAGACAAUCCCCUCUCAAGUGGGGAUGCCCCCCUUGAAGAAACUUCGUCUCAGCAAAAACUCACUAACAGGGGCUCUGCCACUAGAAUUAUCCCACAUGGGUUCUUUUGAGUUUCUAGAGUUUGAUAAAAAAUGAUGUGAGUUGUUGCCCUCCUGAUUUUUCACAAUCAGCCCAAAAGUGAAGAAUCUGACCUUUGGCCUCAUUUUGCAAACUUUCCUUCUCCUGAAGCUCAGGGGCACCCUUCCAAGUGAAAUUGGAUUGCUAACGCACCUGCAACCUAUCAAGACGUGAACAAGCUGCUUGUACGAGUCCCAUAGAUUUCUCGGUUGCUCCUGGGGAACGUCGACAGCCACCUUGCUCGGAAUCUCUUCCAAUAUAGCUGGCCACAUCGGACACCGUAGUCAAGGCCAGUCGUUGCAACCCUUUCCUUAGGCUGUUCUGGUGGAUAGCUUCGGAAGCCAUCUCCAUCCACUGCUACCGUAGCAAAAGUUCUCUUCGGAUCUUUAGAAGCUGCUGCGAUGCUGGUGCUUCUGUAAUCGGAGCUCAGUCGGUGCAACCCUUGCGCUAGCUGGCUGGCCAGCUGUUGUCGCGGUUACACCGUAAAGGUGGCGCUCGGCGUAAUCGGAGAUCAGUCUGGUGAAGGCUUUCCCAAAUCCAAAGCUCUCCUUUCAGCUCCUAUGAACAUCAAAGGGCAAGUCACCAUAAGGCAUUAUUAAAUUUUUGUGUUCAUAGGUGUACCAAUGUAUUAUGUUCAAAUUGAAGGUAAUCAUGAAGAUUGUCAGUAAGGGAAAGUAAUCAAUAGUAGUAAGGAAAGGUGCAGAUACUUGAGGAAAGGAAUCAAUAAGUCAAAAAGUCUUGGAAGGCUGCCGCUUUCGGCGAACCAAGUUCUUCAGGUAGCAAGCGAAACAGCUGCAUGGUCGGUCGGUGGUAUCAAGUUUUGGGGGAAGCAGCGUUGUUUGUUGACGGCCACCCUGAACUUUGUUGGAUCUUUAGGGCUACCGGUAGUACUGCUAUGCUUGUUUUUUGUUGUUGGUUAAUAGAUUGGUUGUUAGGUAGCUUAUGAUUUUUGUUGUAGAUA